AUGUCGGACCACGAAGAUGUGCUGGAGAGCGAACCUCCCACCAUUGACCCAUAUGAGGUUUUGAGCCUCGAGAGGACUGCGACGGCCGAUGACAUCAAGAAAUCUUAUCGAAAGGCUGCGCUUAAGAACCAUCCAGAUAAGGUGCCACAAGAUCAGAAGGAUGCUGCGCACGAGAAGUUCCAAGCUAUCGCGUUCGCCUACGCUAUUCUCUCCGAUCCCGCCCGUCGCAAACGGUAUGACGAGAGUGGCUCGACCUCCGAAUCGAUCGUAGACUCAGAAGGAUUCAACUGGAGCGACUACUACCGAGAGCAAUACAAAGAGUCUGUGUCGGGCGAUGCGAUCGAGAAGUUUGCCAAGAAGUACAAAGGCUCUGAUGAAGAGAAGGGAGAUGUGCUCGAUGCAUACGAACAGUGCAAAGGCGAUAUGGAUGCGCUGUACGAGAGAGUCAUUCUUAGCGACGUUCUGGAGGACGACGAACGUUUCCGCGAGAUCAUCGACACGGCUAUCAAGAGCAAGAAAGUGCCCAGCUUCCCGGCCUAUACGAAAGAGACGAAGAAGAAGCGAGAGGGCCGUGUGAAGCAGGCCCGGGCUGAAGCCACGGAGGCCGAGGACUAUGCAAAGGAGCUAGGUGUGCACGAUAAACUCUUCGGCGGUGACAAGAAGGGAAAAAAGAAGAAGGGCAAGGGAAACUCGGAGGACGACCUGGCAGCACUGAUCCAAAAGAGACAGCAAGAUCGCUCAGAGAGUUUCCUGGAUCAUCUCGCUGAGAAGUAUGGUGCCAAAGAGAGCAAGGGCAAAAGCAAGAAGGGCAAGAAGCGGCCUGUUGAAGACGAGCCGUCGGAAGAGGCCUUUCAGGCAGCUGCUUCUCGUCUGAAGGCUUCGAAGAGUACUGCCCAGUGCAGCAUGAUCUCCGACUAUGUUUCCUUCAACAAGAUGGAAAGACUUGUUCUCCUAACGAACCUCGAACCUCAUAUCUCCCAACCUUCGUCUGAAGAAGAGUGCUAUCAUGAUGCCAUGAGCGAAUCCGCCAAGCCCCCAAUCUAUCCUCGGUAUUGUUUUCAUCUUGCGCCAACCGUGAACCAAUGGUGCCUCUUUCGUGUGACUGAUAUCCAUGACCUUGGUCAGUACGAAGGGUUUGAAGGCGAAAACUUCUACUUCUAUGGGAAUCUACCCAUCAAAUGGGUGCGCAUAGUCGGAUUAGUCGUCGCCAUUGACGAAUUCGCAAGCCGACGCGUGUAUACAAUAGACGACAGUAGUGGUGCAUGCAUCGAGUGCACCAUUUCCAUACCAAUCUCUGGUGAAGACGAUGGUCGCGCGACAACAGGAUAUGCUGCUCCGAAGAAAGCGGAUAUUGACCCGCCUCAAACCCAAGACCCGUUCCCAAAUAUUGAUGUUGGAUGCGUUGUCGAUGUUAAGGGAGGCCUAUCUACUUUCAGGGACGAGCGACAACUCACCAUUGAGAAGAUGACCAAGGUACGAGGCACUGCGCAAGAGGUUACUCUCUGGGAAAAAAGAGUCAAGUUCAAGUCCGAGGUUCUUGACAAACCAUGGGUUCUACGAAGCAGUGAAAUCCGAAGAUGUCGAAAAGAAGCUGAACGGAGUGAAGAGGAAGCGGAGAGGAAACAAAAACGCAUCAAGGCAAUGGCAGAAUCUCGAGCAUCAAAGCAGACAUCGAGGCAGACAUCGAAGUCCGCGGGCCAUGCUGAACAGCCCAUUCGGCAGCAGAAGCCGCAUAAAGAAAUGCGGCUGGAUCUUCGGCAGAUUCUUGAGCAGGGUGGAAGAGGCAAAUACGAUGCGCUAGGAUUGUGA